AUGAUAGAAUCCGAAACUCCGUGGGUUACUCCUUUCGUAAUUGUACAAAAGAAGGACGGCGGGAUUCGUCCUUGCCUCGAUUUUCGCAAGUUAAAUGACAUAACAAUCCCCGACAGAUAUCCUUUACCAAGACUAGAUUCUAUUAUGGAAAGGGUAGGAAGUUGUAAAUAUUAUAGUUCCUUGGAUCUUUCAAGCGGUUACCUGCAAAUAAAAUUAAGUGAAGAGACGUCCUGGAAAUGUGGGGUUAUAACAGAAGAAAACGUAUAUCAAAUGCUCUAUAUGCCUUUUGGACUAAAGAAUGCAACUGCUGCUUUCUCAAGAGCUAUGGCCGUAGUUCUUUGUGGAUUAGAAGACUGUGCCAUCUCUUAUGUAGAUGAUAUUCUGGUCUAUACAAAAUCAGGUCCAUUUAUAGAACAUCUAGCUUCCUUGAGAAGAGUUUUCGAAAGAUUCAGAAUUUAUCAUUUAAAACUAAGCCCAAAGAAGUGCACAUUUGCCACUAAGGAAAUGAUUUUUUUGGGAUACACAUUAACUUCGGAAGGAUAUAAGCCUACUCUGAGUAGAAUUGAAUUAAUAAAAGAAACACCUAUUCCUAAAAAUGUUAAAGAAGUUAAAAGAGUGCUAGGGAAAAUAGGAUUCUAUAGGAGGCACAUAAGGGAUUUUGCAACUUUAUGCGAGCCACUUGUGCGCCUCACAAGGCGAGAGUCAAAAUUCGAGUGGGGUUCUGAUCAACAAAAAGCUUUUGAGAAAAUAAUAAAUCUCCUUUCUGAAGCACCUAAUCUAGUAGUACCUGACUAUAAUAAGCCAUUCCACAUAUUCACUGACGCAUCAAAUUUCGGUAUGGGUGGUGUUUUAAUGCAGCGAAAUAAAGAAAGUGGGACCUUUUCAGCGAUUUCAUAUUGUAGUCGCACCCUUUCAGCUUCUGAAAGACGCUGGCCUACAGUACAAGUCGAAAUGUGCGCUAUAAUUUAUGCCCUAAGGGAAUUUAAACCCUUCAUUUUCAUGAGCGAUAUAGAAUUACAUACGGACCACAAGCCACUAGCCUAUCUACUUAAAAAGUCUGACACUCACCCUCACCUAGCACGCUGGCUUAUAGAGCUGCAAAACUACCAAAUAAAAAUUGUCCAUGUAGCAGGUAAACAAAACUCCCUGGCAGAUGCGCUAUCUAGGUCCUCGGAAGAUAUUCCCUUAAAAGAAGUUGAAAAUUUAAAAGAAAUAGAGGAUAUAGUAGAAUUCCCUAUUUGCAUGGCUCUCCAAACAAAAUCCAGACUCGUCUUUGACCCCUUUGUUAACUCAAUUACAAUAAGACACGAAGACGGAAAUUCUUACAAAAUAAACUUAGAAGAAGAACAAAAUAGUGAUCCUGAAGCUAAAGCUUAUAUUGAAUUUCUUCGAACGGGAGAAAUACCAAACGGGUUUACUGAACUCGAAAAAGAAAAUUUUACAGCGCAAGCCUCAAAUUUAAGCUUAAUUUCAGGAAUUUUGUAUUACAAAGCACAUUUGCAGCCACCCAAAAUUUAUAUACCGAUCUCACUACGCGCUUUAGUUUUUGAUUCUUUCCACUCUUCCUUGCUAGGUGGCGGACAUUUGAGUACAUAG